AUGGAAAGAUAUUUUUCUCAUUUCUAUAUCAUCUCAGUGCUGUGGAAUGGCUUCCUGCUUUGGUGCCUUACUCAAUCUCUGUUCCUGGGAGCGCCUUUUCCAAACUGGCUUCACAGUUUGCUCAGAAUUCUUGGGGCUGCACAGUUCCGAGGAGGUGAGCUGGCGCUGUCUGCGUUCCUGGUGCUCGUGUUUCUGUGGCUGCACAGCUUUCGGAGACUCUUCGAGUGCUUCUACGUCAGCGUCUUCUCCAACGCCGUGAUCCACGUCGCGCAGUACUGCUUCGGACUGGCCUACUACGUCCUCGUGGGCCUCACCGUGCUGAGCCAGGUGCCGCUGGACGGCAGGAACGUCUACAUAAUAGGGAAAAAUCUACUGAUGCAGGCGCGGUGGUUCCAUAUCCUGGGCAUGUUGAUGUUCAUCUGGUCCUCUGCCCAUCAGUAUAAGUGCCACGUCAUUCUCGGCAAUCUCAGGAAAAACAAAGCAGGCGUGGUCAUUCACUGCAGCCACAGAAUCCCUUUCGGAGACUGGUUUGAAUACGUUUCUUCCCCCAACUACUUAGCAGAGCUGAUGAUCUACAUUUCCAUGGCUGUCACCUUUGGGUUCCACAACUUAACCUGGUGGCUAGUGGUGACGUAUGUCUUCUUCAGCCAAGCCCUGUCUGCUCUCCUCAGCCACAAAUUCUACAAAAGCAAAUUUGUCUCCUACCCAAGGCACAGGAGAGCUUUCCUGCCAUUUUUGUUUUAAGAUAACCUCCGUCAUGAAGAAUGCAAACCAGGUGACAGGUUCAACUCCGAAGGACAAUGAAGUCGGGAGACCAAAGUAUAGUUUCUACAGAACUGUUUGAAAGUCUCUGUUCCAUUUUUUUUACCCCAAAAGUUUUCACUGAAUGAACAAGAUACUACCCCUCAAGAAAAUGAAUCUUCAAAGUGUCUUCUAAGAAGAAACAACUUCUGGCAGAUC